GAUAGCAGGCAGUUCAGUACAGCAAGAGUGACUGACAGAGUGAAGAGAGAGUAGGAGUCAGCAUCGUACCAGCUGACAACCUGAGGAGAGAGAGAGAGAGAGUGAGAGAGCAUCUCAUUUCACUAGAGAGAGAGAGAGAGAGAGAGAGAGAGAGAGAGAGAGAGCGAGAGAGUGGAGCAGCACUCAGCCACGUUGCCCGUCCUCAUAUUUCCCUCUGCAGCCGUGUAAGGCAGAGUGAGCGGAGGAGAGGAGAGAGCACAUCUGAGUCUGUGGAAACAGCAGGACCACGUACCAUUUGGCCGAGAGCUCGAUGCGCUUAGGCCAAGCCACACAGGAAGGGUGAGCGGCCCAUAGGACAUCCGUGUACUGCCACAGAGAGAGAGAGAGAGAGAGAGAGAGAGAGAGAGAGAGCUAAAGAGAGAGUAGCCAGGGACAGAGGGAUAGAGGGAGUGAGGAGAGCGAGACUGGAAGAAGAUCACCCGGGGCCAAUUUGAAUGCUUUCAUCUGGUCACUCAGAGCAGCUGCAGCCCACAAGAGAAACAACAAACCGAUCGAGUCAGGUGCUCUCAAGGUGCAGAGUCAGACAGAGACUGGCAACAAGAGAACAAAGUACUCACAGAAAAGGUGUGAGAGGACACGACUGGUGAUACUUAUUCCCAGCAUGCCACUGGCACAGCAGAGUUUCAGGGCCAUUGUGCCCACAACAAGCUGGAUCCUGGCUUUGGCUGUGUUUCUUACUCUACAGGGUGCCAUUCACGCUGCUCCGUCAGGAGACAACAAGCUGGUUCGUACCACCAGAGUGAGGAGACAGACCCUAGGGGGAGAUCAGCCACCCUCAGCCAACCAGACACUGCGGGAGCAACCCUUGGUAUUCAACCACGUCUACAACAUCAAUGUUCCCUUGGAGUCUCUGUGCUCUGUGGACCUGGACGCCUCUGCACCACCUGACCCAGGUGAUGAUUCUCGUGGGGAGUUAGGCUCCAGACCGUCCAUGGAGGGUCCAAUAGAUCCAGCCAGCUCAACAGAAUACACUGAGCAGACGCUGGAUGCUGACAGCCAGAUGACUUUCACUCACCGCAUCAACAUCCCAAAAGCUGCAUGCGGCUGUCCGACUUCAACCACAAUCCAGCAGCUCGCCAUCAGAGUGGAGAUGCUGGAGAGAGAGGUUUCCAUGCUUAGAGCUCAGUGUGGAUCUGGAUGCUGUGGGGAGAGUUCAGCCAUGGGUCGUUUAGACUUUGUCCCAGGCUGCAGCGGCCAUGGCAGCUUCAGCUUCGACCUGUGUGGCUGCAUCUGUGAGGAAGGUUGGGGUGGCAAAAACUGCUCCGAGCCUCGCUGUCCAGACGACUGCUCCGGCCAGGGGGUGUGCGUGGAAGGCGAGUGCGUGUGUGACCGUGACUUUGGAGGCGAUAACUGCUCAGAGCCACGCUGCCCUUCAGACUGCUCGGGCCGCGGGUUGUGUAUCGACGGGGAGUGUGUGUGCGAGGAGUCCUUCACCGGGGAAGACUGCAUGGUUGGGAGGUGUCUCAAUGACUGCUCGGACCAGGGGCUGUGCAUCAACGGGACCUGCCAGUGCCGGCCCGGGUAUGUGGGAGAGGACUGCUCGCUCGUCUACUGUGCCAACAACUGCAGCAAGAAGGGCGUCUGUAAGGAUGGGUUCUGUGUCUGCCAGGAUGGCUUUGCUGGAGACGACUGUAACUCUGUGGCACCGGCUAUGAACCUGAAGGUACGAGGCGUGACUGAUAGCACUAUUGACCUGGAGUGGGAAGGUUCAGUUGUGCUGACUGAUUUCUUAGUGACAUACACACCAAGCAGCCCUGGAGGUGUGCAACUAGAGAUAAGGCUUCCUGGGAACAUCACUGCCUGCUCUAUCUCAGGUCUAGGUGCGGGCAUAGAGUACAACAUCAACGUGUUUGCAGUCAUUAACAACAGUAUCAGCGUCCCUGCCAGCAUUACUGUUUCGACCUAUUUCUCCAAUCCAGAUGGUUUAGUCUUCAAAUCCAUCACAGAGACAUCAGUGGAGGUCCAGUGGCAACCGUUCUACUUUUCCUUCGAUGGAUGGGAGAUCAGCUUCAUCCCCAAGGAUAACGACGGUGGGAUGACUGCACAGCUGCCCAGCACCAUCACUUAUUUUGUGCAGACCGGUUUGAGACCAGGAGAGGAGUACACCGUGAACCUGGUGGCACUGCGAGACGUGGGCCGAAGCCAGCCGUUCACUGCUACUGUCACAACAUUGAUCGACAGCCCCACUCAGCUAAUCGUGCGGGAUGUGUCAGACACUGUAGCGUUCGUGGAGUGGACAUCGCCUAAAGCAAAGAUCGAUCAGAUCAUUCUGCGUUAUGGCCUGGUGGGAGGAGAGGGUCCACGGACCACCUUCCGCCUCCAGCCCACUCUCAGCCAGUACUCCCUGCAGGUUCUGCGUCCCGGCUCACGUUAUGAGGUGUCUGUGAGCGGUGUGAGGAAGGGAAAUGAGAGCGGAUCUAUUUCCACUGAAUUUACUACUGCUUUAUCGUUCUUCUCAGAGAUCGAUGCCCCCAAGAACCUGCGGCUUGUGACCAAGACCUCCACCACCCUGGAGCUUGAAUGGGAUAACAGCGAGGCAGAGGUGGAGGGCUACCAGGUGGUGUACAGCACCUUGGCAGGAGACCUCUAUGAUAAAGUCAUUGUACCACGUAACGAGGGAGCCACCACCAAGACCACUCUCACAGACCUGCUCCCAGGCACUGAGUACGGCAUCGGUAUCUCUGCCAUGAAAGAUAGCAACCAGAGUACACCAGCGACUAUGAACGCCAGGACGGGCCUGGAUGUGCCCCUUGACCUGACUGUGACAGCUUCUACAGACAACACAAUCACUCUGUUGUGGGGUGUGGUCCAGGGUCCCAUCGACCAUUACAAGGUCACCUUCACAUCCUCUUCUGGUGUCACCACUGAGCUAACAGUGCCAAAAGAUAUAACCACCACCACCCUGACGGACCUUGAACCAGGCACUGAGUACACCAUCACUGUAGCAGCAAGAAGAGGGAGACAGCAGAGCACGGCAGCUACCAUAGAUGCUUUCACAGGAAUCAGGCCGGUAACACACCUCUACUUGUCAGAGGUGACUUCAGACUCUGUGUUUGUGGCCUGGAGCGCCCCAGCACCGCCCGCCGACCUCUUCAUUCUGAGCUACAGCUCUGCUGAUGGGACCGACACCUCUAAGGUGACGCUGGAAGGCUCCAAGACGAGGUCCCUGGUUCAGGGUCUGCUGCCGUCCACUGCAUACACCGUCAGUCUAAUCACAAUACAGGGCGACAUUACCUCUGAGCCCAUCACAGCUUCCCUCACUACAGGUAUGGACCCACCAAAAGAGAUGACAGUGUCAGAUGUAACUGAAGACUCAGUGACCAUCUCCUGGAUCAAACCACUGGCUCCGUUUGAAUACUACAAGCUGUCCUACCAGUCAGCAAGAGGUCGAGUCGACAGUGUGGUGAUUGACAGUGAUGUGACCAACUUCACCUUAUCCAGCCUGUUUCCUGCUACAGAGUACGAGAUCAGUCUCAACGCUGUGCAGGGCAGCCAGGAGAGCAAAGUGAUCACCACCUCGGUCUUCACAGCAAUGGACAUGCCAUCUGAGCUGACGGCUCUGAACAUCACUCCACAAGGAGCCCUGCUGAGGUGGAAUCCCCCCCUCUCUAAUGUGGACAACUACGUCCUUACCCUCACACAAAACCAAGUCACAGCUGAUACUUUCCUCGUAGAUGGCAACAAGCAGGAGCACCAGCUGUCCAACCUUAACCCAAGCACCAGCUACUCUGUAUCCCUCUACGCCACCAAAGGACCCCUCACCAGCGGCACAGUCAUCACCAACCUCCAAACACCCAUGGACGCUCCCCUGAACCUGACGGCCAGUGAAGUUAAUCACCGUAGCGCUCUCAUCUCCUGGCAACCGCCAAUCGCAGAAAUUGACAACUACAUGCUCACCUACCAGACAACGGACGGCAGCAGGAAAGAGCUGAUCCUGGAUGCAGAGGACACAUGGAUACGACUGGAGGGACUGGCUGAGACUACAGAGUACACAGUCAAGCUCCAGGCUGCAAGAGGACUGGACACCAGUGCUGUCAUGUCCACCACCUUCACUACAGGGAGUCGUCUGUUUGCAACACCUCAGAAUUGUGCCCAACACCUGCUGAAUGGAGAGAAUCUGAGCGGCGUCUACACCAUUUAUGUCAACAGAGACCCCAGCCAGGGCGUGCAGGUGUACUGUGACAUGACCACUGAUGAAGGAGGCUGGAUCGUAUUCCAGCGUCGACAGAACGGCCUUACGGACUUUUCCAGGAAGUGGAGUGACUAUCGGGUCGGAUUUGGAAACCUGGAGGAUGAAUUCUGGCUCGGUCUGGACAACAUCCAGAAGAUUGCCACUCAGGGCCGUUAUGAGCUGAGGAUCGACAUGAAGGACGGACAGGAGUCAGUCUAUGCCAACUAUGACAAGUUCUCCAUUGGAGAUGCGAGAAACCUUUACAAGCUCAGGAUAGGAGAGUACAACGGCACUGCUGGCGACUCUCUGAGCUACCACCAGGGCCGGCCCUUUUCCACUAAAGACCGAGACAACGACAUAGCUGUCACUAACUGUGCCUUGUCCUACAAAGGAGCCUGGUGGUACAAGAACUGCCACAGGGCCAACCUCAAUGGCAAAUACGGCGAGUCCAGACACAGUCAGGGUAUCAACUGGUACCACUGGAAAGGCCAUGAAUUCUCUAUUCCUUUUGUGGAGAUGAAGAUAAGGCCGUUCAACUUCCGGAGCAUCAGCAGCAAGAGGAGGCGGUCUGCCCCUGUAUAAGCAAUGGGCCUCCUCCUACAAGGCCAGAGUGGUGGAUAAACAGAGUUCAGACGAUGUUUAGAGAUGAUUUCUGCUAUCUUUGAACCUCACUGAUGGACUCUCUGAAGUCUUUAGUGAGGCUGUGAAGAAAAAAGGGGGUUAUGACAAAAGCUACUAAUAUUUUAUUAAUCUUCAGUUGUACAAUAAUUUAAAAAAAGCAAUGUUAUUAAUAUUCCAUCAACAAUCAGAAACUGUCUAACGAUGUUUGAGGUAAUGGAAUAGCAGAGAAACAUCAUCCAAACUCUGUUUAUCUGUGCUCUUCUCCAGCUUUAGCUGUCUUUUCCUGCUGUACUUCUACCCUGAUGAUAGAGGACACUGUAUGUAACUUAUUAAAUACUUUGAAUGACAAUGGUUCUAUUUGCUGUAAGAAAAAAAAAAAGGAAAGGCAAACCAAGAAGCUUUUGUUUUCUUUAAAGUGUAAGAUUUGCCUUUCCCUGGGAUGCAAGGAAAUGUGCUCUAAGAUGCCCUAAAGAGUGCGGGAGCUAGCGUUAUUUGAGCUGUAACAAAAUAACAACUUUUAACAAAAGAUAUACUGUAUAUGCCCCCACACCCUUACCUGUAAGAUAUAUAUAUUUUUAUAACUGAUAUUGUGACAAAAUUCCAUCUAUUUAAUUUAAUUUGAUGCCUUGGUUUUUGAGACGGUAUUAGGCUGACCUAAUCAAACAAAUGAUGACAAAUACCCGACUUUAAACACUUAAUUUGAUUUGGAAACAAAACUGAACAUCAUUCGUAAAGCAGUGCACCAGCAACCGCUUCAUUAUGUCCUAUUUUAUUUAUUUGAACUCCUUUUUGUCUGUGUCACUGAUAAUCAAAAAGUCCUCUCUGUUAAUUAUAUAAGCAGAAUGAAAAUUAACAUUAUCAUUUUUUGGUAGCCACACUGGAACAGUAUUUGCACUACGAGCGGGGACGCAGCUACGCUAUCUUUUAUUUCAAUUAAAAUGUAGUUCUUUUGGGGCUUUAAAUAUUCAUGUCUUUUACUUUGUUUUCAAGCAAAUAAGUUGCACAAAAUAUCUGUCUUGGCCCUGUUGUGGGUGCUGUGAUUGCUUGCAGAGAUGGUGCUGUUGAUGUGACAAAAAUCUGCAUAAGAAAGGCUCAGCCUGCUUGUAAAGAUGUUCCUCAGUUCUGCCUCUUUUCAGGUUCCUUUAAGAUAACCGUGUCACUUGGCACUGUUUUAUGCAUUGUGAUCACUUAAUUCUCUGCAGAAGAGAGCCAGGGGGAGCACGGAGCAGAGUUUGUUCUGGCCUCUUGAAAUGACCUUAACAACGAAAAGCUGAACAGUCGAUGGAGUGGAGCCAAAUGUUUCUUCUGUGCCCUCUGCUUCGCUUUUUAAGCUUCCUGCUGGAACAACAAAAUCAGCAAACAUGGCAGAUAAUGUAUUCUUUUAGUAAUGUGGGCGUAAUCUGCAGCAUGCCAACCAAACAUUACGCUAUAUUCAGUGUUAACAUCACAACCCGUUCAGCACCAAUGCUUUCUGUUGAAUUAAACACUGUCCAGUACAAUCUUUGAUGAUCAAUGUCACUAUCGCUGCAAGCAACAUUUGGUCUAAUGUAUUCAACAAUCCAAAUAUCAACAGCUGGAAAUCUUUAUGAUAAUGUUCUCAUAUUUCUGUCAGAUUUUCCAAUUCAGUUUUUGUUGAGGCAAACCAGAUCGUCUGGCUUGUAUGACGGUGUAUAUUUUCAUUUGUGUUUCUUUUUUUGUCCCUGUUAGACUUGAAAAUGUUGUCACCCCCCUUUAUAAACUACUACUAAUAUACUCAUGUAGCUGUAGAGCUGAUGAUAAAGUGACUUUCAAUGUGUUCCCCCUUUAGACGCCAACUCUCUGUUCCUUUUUAACUGCUGUAUUUUUAACCAUAGUUUUGUUUUAGGACGGAGGUAGACUACUGCAUGUGGAUUCAUUUUCUGAUAGUGAAUAAGAAAUGUCAUCACGAUUUGAUUUGUGACACUUUUCUUUUCAUAUCUGGGUAAAAAAGGUGUUGUUGAAAAGUGUUAUAUGAAGAUAACUUAGAACCUCAAAGUUUUUUGGGGAUCUGCCCCCAAAGGCGAAAUAAAAUGAAACUUUAAUUUAUUACAAACCUUUUCAACAAGUGACCUUUCCCAGGUCUGAUUUAUGUUUCAGUGUCUAAGUGACUGUUUCAGAGCCUCUCAUGCAAUCCAUCUCCCAUAGUGAUUUAUAGUCGAGUAGGGAUUUCUCUGUGUACUUAUUUCAUUAACGACUUAGACAAAGUUUGCCUCGGUGCAUUUUUGUACAAGGCACAGAGGUCACAAAGCUUUGCAGAGAGGGAACAGAAUGUUGUUUGUGUUGUGAGGGAUUUCUCUGAAAACUGUGAGGUGCUCUUAAAAUCUUUCACGAUGAAUGCUAAUAUUUAUUUAAAAUUCAUUUUAACUAUUGUCCCAACCAUAAUUCAUCAGAAGAAGCUUUUUCUUUUAAAAUCCCAAAAUAAUUUGUUGUUUAAUUUUAAAUGUUCCUCCUGUUGAAAAGUCUCCUUCCUCUCUUUUAUUUCAUGUUAACUCUUAUUAUGUGUUAUUGUUGUGUUUGUUCAAAGUUCAUUGAUUGCUUGACAAACAUGACACCCAAUAGUUGAAUUUUAAUCAGAGUGAUAUAACUCUUCUUUGAGAGCUUUAAGGAUAGCUAUCUGAAAUUGAGCAGAAGCAAAAGAGGCUGAAUUAUACUUCAUAUUAAAAAAACAUUUAAUGUCACUCAAUCUAUCAUCACGUGGUAUUGUUUUCUUAGUUCUAAGAGUUGAUAAAGUACUUCUUAAUACUGUAGCUGUGACGUGAAUGGAGAGAUUCAAUUUGCAUUUUGUUCACUUUGUUUGUUUUUACAGAUAAAUCUCCAUUAUGACACCAUAAGUCUCAGUCACUGGAACCAACGCUGGUUUCUUUUCAUUUAUUUACCCUAGAGAUUUGUUCCCCUUAUUUGAUUCAUUGCUUUUCAUUUUUCAAUAACUCUUGACUCUACAGCAUUGUAAAAAAAGAAAAAGAAAAA